CCUCCGUCACUUCCGGAUCAGACCAUCUCUGCACGUUUUCUGUAUAUUUAUCUCGUGUCUGCGAUGAGCCACAUUUUUAUCACCGGGUUAUUCUAAGUCUUUGUUUAUUUAAUGGUUCAUUUCAUGUCGCUGCUCUAGACUCAGUGAACAAAGUGAGCAGCAGCCUCCAGUCAUGGAGGAGGAGACACCGGAGGAGCAGCUAGUGAAACAGCAGCGAAAGGAAAAGAAAGAUCUCCAAGCUAAAAUCCAGAGCAUGAAAAAUGCAGUCCCCAAAAAUGACAAGAAAAGGAGGAAACAGUUGACAGAGGAAAUUGUCAAGCUUGAAGCAGACCUCAGUCAGAAACAUGAGGAGGAAAUCGGGCAGCUCAAAUCUACACCUGACACAAAGGUGGAAGAGUUGGUGAAUGGAGUUGAGGCUGUGGAGAUAGAGGAUAGAGAACAAGAGGAGGUCAAACAAACACGAGUAUCAAAGGCCCAGAAGAGAAGGGAAAAGAAGGCUACACAGGACAAGGAGAGGGAGAGCAGGAUAGCAGAGGCCGAGGUGGAGAACCUGCAGGGUGUGAGGCACCAGGAGGGCAUGAAGCUGGCUCAGAAACUCGCCCAGCAGCAACUCCAGAUCAAGGAGAUCUCCUCCGACGGCCACUGCAUGUACCGAGCUAUUGAAGAUCAGCUGGCACAGCGAUCAAAGGCUGGUUUAACCAUGAGUGUGAAGAAGCUGCGGUCUCAUACUGCAGAGUUCAUGAGAGGCCAUGUUGAUGACUUCCUGCCUUUCCUCACCAACCCCAACACUGGUGACAUGUUCACAACAGAGGAGUUUGAGAAAUACUGCAGUGAAGUGGAGCUCACAGCAGCUUGGGGUGGACAACUGGAGCUCCGAGCUUUGACCCAAGUUCUCCAGCUGCCGAUAGAAGUGAUCCAGGCUGAUACCCCAGCUAUAAAAAUUGGGGAGGAAUACAAAAGCGAGCAGAUCACCCUUGUCUACAUGCGUCACGCCUAUGGAUUGGGAGAGCACUACAAUUCUGUGGAGCGGCUAAAGGAACCAGCCAAUGCCGAGGACAGCUGAGAGACGACUCCGUCUCAGUGUGACAUAAACCAGUGUGUGUGAUGUGUUAAACCAGUCACACCGAGGGCCCAUAAAUGCAAAUGUGUUGCAAAGGGUGAUUUGUGCUUAGCAAAAAAAGAGCAUAAAUUAAAUGAAUGUGCUCAUGAUUUUACAGUGGACACCCUUAGUCUAGAGCUUACCCCAUGGUGCCCCUGCAGCCCCCUUUUGGGAUGUAGUGUUGAAGAACAUACUAUUAAGCAAAAUCCACUAGGACAGAGGAAGAGCUGUUAAUUAUCCAUGUCCUAUGAGGAUUCUAAAGGUUUGCAGUGUUCUAGGAAGGAACUGAGUUGUUUGACCUGUUAACUCAUAUCAAUGUUAUUUAAAUAUAUACCAUACUGAUGAGAUUGAGUUGUGCCAAUGCUCGAUGCUUUGGUAAUUCUGAUCAGGAAUUAUUGAUUGUAUUUGAAGUGAUGUUUUUAGUGUUGAAAGUACGGCACAUAGACAUGCCCAUACAUUUUAGAAGAAAUGCGAGGCAAGCAGUAUCUGUGGAAAAGGAGGAAAAAGUACCAGUGUGCACCAGUGAGUACCAGUGAGUCUUCAUUCUUUACAAACGCGUGACAAUGUGACGUCAACCUCCGAUGUUUUUCCUCUGUUUUAUUAUUAGGAUAGCGUUCCAAAAUGUAAAUGAAGACUCGAUUCUAAUUCUAUAGAAUUUUUCAAGCUUAAGCACAAAGUGUUUUCCAAGUGGAAAGAUAAUUAAAUCAGAAACCCACGAAUCUAUAAAGAUUUGAAACACAAUAUCUUAUUUACAAAAAGCAGAUAAAUGGAUGUGCAAGUAUAGUGUUUAGUGAAUAGAAUAAAUAAAACCAGAGUGUGUUCAACGAGACAAUUCAAGGAUAAAAUGUGGUUACAAGAAAAACAUGCUCCAUUAAGAAAUCUAUGUAACGGAAUUAAACUGGUACAAUGCAAUUAUAAACCAAUGUCAUGUGA